AUGUCUUUGUCUUCAUACUACCCUCGACAAGACUCAACACCUACACUCCCUGAUCGGCGACCGUUUGGGUUCGCCGAGCAGGUGACCGGUGGAGGAAAUGGCACAGUCUACAUCGUGGAAAACAUGAUGGAUUUGCGGGCUGCGUUGACAAAAGCCGAGCCUCGCACGGUUUACGUCAAGGGCGAGGUCACGGGCAACCAGAUCAACGAAACGACCUAUGGAGACUGCCAGCUCUACAUCGACACGAGCAAUGUGCCCAGCUACAACUUCACGCUCUAUGUCAUGGCCCUGAACUCGACUUAUACCGAUGCCGUCAAGGCCGCCGUGGCUGCGGGGGAGGAGUUCGAAGGAAGGAAUGCCACCGAGUAUUUAGCCCUUCUCAACAGGCAAAACGGCUGGCGCGGGACAGCACAGAAUGUGCAGAAAUCAUGGGAGUCCAUAAAUGUCCAAGGAGAUCUGACGCUGGUCGGGUGGGAUUCCAACGCCUUCCUCAACGGCGUGUCAUUGGUUUUCAACGUACAGUCGAACAUCAUCAUCAGGAACCUGCGCAUGACCCCGCCGCGAGACUGCUUCCCCGCGCCCGAAACCUACCCCAGCAGUUGGAACGCUCGGUACGAUGCCAUCAGCGUCGUGACGUCGAGCCUGAUGUGGCUCGACGGCAACAUCUUAGAGGACGGUCCUUCUGCGGUGGCGCCGGAGGAUUUUCUCUGGGGUUGGAAGGUCGACAGAUAUGACGGCCUCCUGGACGUGGAGGACGGUUCGGACAACAUCACCUUUUCCCACAACAUCGUCGCCAAUCACCACAAGAGUCUCCUCUGGGGUGGAGGAGAGAAGGAGGGUCCGCGCGAUAUCGGAAAGAUGAGGUUUACGGUCUUCGGCAACCACUUCGUCAACUCCAUGAGCCGGAACCCGCUGAUGAGAUUUGGCACCUUCUACAUCGCCAACAACGUUUUCAGCAACUACAAUAACAAGGCCCCCAUUUUCACAUAUGACAACUCUUCGUCGACAGUGGCAUCAUCGCUGAGGCGGCGCAAUGACUCUUACACUCCUGACUUCCAAUACGACCUGGGCAUCUAUAACAUGUCAUCUGUACUGGUAUCUGGUAACUACUUCGACCAGUCGGGCACAUAUCCAGACGACCACACGAGGAUCUUCACCUUCAACGACCUCGCGACGCCGAAUGCACCAGCCACAUUUUGCUCCCCGCCUGACCUUUCCGCUCAGGAUGCAGCUCUCUAUCCUCAGCUGAGCAGUCUCGCACAGCUCUCUUCCUCAUUCAACGGCCAGCCCGUCAACUUGACAGACAAUGUGCUACAGACGUUCGAGUACUUCAUCAGCGUAAAGACCGACUCGGUUGCGGGUGGGCUGGUAGAGAGCUGUGCGAAGUUCGCCGGCCAAGAAAUGCCGGAAACGUUCGGUGCGGCAGAAGAUGUCUUGGAAUAUGUGCAGAGCAGUGCAGGCCAGGUUGGGCGAAAUACACCUUGA